CUGGCCGUAGCGAACGACAGUAGCAGCAAAAAUAAACCCUGCCAGAAGAAGAAGAAGAAGAGGAAGGGUUUGGCGGAGAUCUUUGGUCAUAUAGGUGGAAAUCCCACAGAGUCACUAGGCAUCCUAGACUUGGCCAACCAAAUGCCUACUGCCGCAGCUGAUCCACUGACAGAAGGAGAUCCCAAGGACUCUCCAUACGCAGACCUGGAUUCUGUACCAACCAUUGUGCGUCCCAAACGGUCUGAGAAACCUGCUAAAGAAGACCCAGAGAAACCGUCUGAACCCUCACAAGAGGAGGCAGAGAAAGGGGGCAAGAAGCAGCGGGCUACUCCUCCUGAAAAGACCAAAGACAGGCAUGUGGUCAUGGUGGUUCCUAGGCAUGUAGUUCCCAUAUCCUCAUCCCCAAAUAUUUUAGUAAACAAAUCCCUUUUCAAUUACAGAACUACAAAAAACACAAAUGUUUUACAGUCAAAACAGAAGUUGGGCAGCUCUUCUGAACUGAAGAAUAUAAAUGCUCUUGAUAAGCCCUCUCUGCAACUCCCUUCCAGCAGACGUCUGAUGACCAGGGCCCUGAAAGCAGAGGAAGAGACAGAUCUCAAACAGGCUCUGCUGGCCUCAAGCCAAAACUUGACAAACAAUAGGCUUAAUGUACAUUCUUCUGACGAUGAUGAUGAUGUGAGCGAUAUUGUUCAGAUCAGAACAGAGUCGUCUAGUAGCAGGGAUUCUUCACCAGACAAAACCAGAUCCUCUGCUAGCUCUCCUAAAAAACAGCCCGAGUCUGAUUGGAAGCACCUCCACAACGGCUCGUGGAAAAACUCAGAAGAUGUGACUCCAGGGUCCAGUAAGCCUGUCAUACCGUCUAUUAAGGUCAAGGAAGAGAACAUUGUCUCAGACAUAUCCUCCUGUUCUUCCCCCACCUCCUCUCUCUCUCCCAUGGACACUUUCCAGGAUGUCAAGGAGCUGUCAUUCAAAUCCCUAGUGAAGGAGGAGAGUGACUCUGGGGAAUCUAACACUAAUUUUAAACCUGAGCCUAAUUACAAGUUCAGUACUUUCCUGAUGCUCCUGAAGGACAUGCAUGAUACCAGGGAGAAAGAGGGCAAGCCCCUGACCAUGCCUCCCUCGCAAGCCCUCAUCCAGGAGGAACCCAUGGUCAUAGCCACUGUCCAAGCCCCAGACGACACCCUGAACACUGCUGCUGGCGGGGACUGGACACCAACGGGGACCAAAAUCCAAAACGGCCAGCAUGCGAGCUCGCCAACACCCAAGAGCACACCGGCCAAACCCAAGUCCAAAACUAAACCCAUCAUGAAAAACGACACAUACAGACUUGAAGGGAAAACGGUGCUGGCUCAGAUGGUGGCGAACGCGGUGGAGAAGCAGCAGCGGAGGAAGCCGAGGCCACCAGCCAAACUCCGGGCCACCAUCGCUGGUCUCUCUCCCGAGAUGGCCGACCUAGCCUGGGGGAGGGAGUUUGUCUCUGGGCACGCUGACCUGGCUGAGCCUGGCCUCGGCCCCCCUCCUCUUCCUCCUGUCCCCUCCGCUGCUGACUCCUCAUCCUACCUCGACAAGAGCCCGGGUACCAAAGUGGCCCCUAAGAAGCGCUGGCAGACGUUUGCUCAGCAGGGGCCGGUGAAGCCUGGGAAGGAUCCAGGGGACCCGGGUGGGGUGGCCUCACCGCAGGGGCUUGCGGAAGUGAAUGGGGUCUACAGAGACUGCCAGGGAGGGACACCAGACCCCAUCAGCUCCCCUGAUCUAAACCUGGGGAUGGAGAAGCAGGAUGACACAUCAGCACAUUCUGAAAACAAGCGGCUGAGGAAACCCAGCAAAAGACUGCUGGAAUCUACAGAGGAGGAACAAUUCUUCUCCCCGAAGAAAAAAAUAAAGAAACCUCUGGAAUCUUCCAAAACCCCUCCGAGCCAUUCUUCAGCCCCAGCCCUGCUAAUGUACACAUCUACACCCAACCCCAUCCCUCUCCCUACCUCUGGGGAGCCAGCCAGCCCCAUCCCUGGCCCUACCUCUGGGGAGCCAGCCAGCCCCACCCCUGGCCCUGGCUCUGGGGAGCCAGCCAGCCCCAUCCCUGGGUCUACCUCUGGGGAGCCAGCCAGCCCCACCCCUGGCCCUGCCUCUGGGGAGCCAGCCAGCCCUGCCUCUGGGGAGCCAGCCAGCCCCACCCCUCGCCCUGCCUCUGGGGAGCCAGCCAGCCCCACCCCUCGCCCUGCCUCUGGGGAGCCAGCCAAAACCCAGGCCCUAGCAGGGCUGAAACAGAGUCUGUCUCAAGAUGUCCUCCACCGUGUUAUAGAAUCAUUAUCCAAACAACCCCCAGCAGUGACCUCUUUCUCUACUGACUCAUCAUCCGAUGGGGCAAACCCUCCUCUGCCCUCUGACCCAGUAUCCCUGGAGAGGAAGAGGCCAAGGAAGCCGUCUCACAAGGUCCUGGAAUGCACCAUAGAGGAAGUGUCAGUCAGUCCUCCAAAGAAGAAGGAGUUUAAGAACCAAAGUGUACAGACAGACGUGAAAACAGAAGUCAGGGACACUCAGGUUAAGUCUGUGAAGAAAGAAGUGCCUGUAUCCAGCGUGACAACUCCAGAGAGCAUGGUUUCUCUGCAGGCGUCCUCCCCUGCCUGGCCCCCUAGCCCUACGGUGCUCCUCACCCCCAAGGAAGAGACAGAGAAGAUCAGUCCUGGGGUGGGAGGAGAGAGCCACACCAACGGAGAGAGGACACCCAAACCUGAGGUGUUCUCUCCUGGUCUGAAUGACAGUUUCUCCCUACCUGGUGAAGGGUCCCUGGUCUCCAGCACUAAGAAGAACACAGGAGAGAAAGGAGGAGCUGCGUCCAUGAAGGAGAAUGUCUGUCAGGUGUGUGAGAGGACAGGUGAGCUGCUGCUGUGUGAGGGCCAGUGCUGUGGGGCGUUCCACCUGCAGUGUAUCGGCCUAUCAGAAGCCCCUAGAGGGAAGUUCAUCUGUUGUGAAUGCACGAAAGGGAUCCACACGUGCUUUGUGUGUAAGAAGUCUGGCGACGGUGUAAAGAGGUGCAUGGUGCCUGUAUGUGGGAAGUUCUACCACAACGAGUGUAUCCUGAAACACACACCCACCCAGCCCCAGAGUAAAGGGGUUCGCUGUUCCCUCCACGUCUGUCUGUCCUGCCACAUCACCAACCCCCUCAACCCCUGCAUUUCCAAAAGUCGUCUGACCCGCUGUGUGCGCUGCCCUGUAGCGUACCACGCAAACGACUACUGCAUGGCGGCAGGCAGCAUUGUCCUGGCCAACAACAGCUUCCUGUGUCCCAACCACUUCAUUCCCCGCAAGAACUACAAGAACCAUGAACACAUCAACGUCAGCUGGUGCUUCGUCUGCUCAGAAGGGGGCAGUCUGCUUUGCUGUGAGGCCUGUCCUGCUGCCUUCCAUCAAGAGUGUCUGAACAUCGAGAUGCCCGAGGGGAGCUGGUUCUGCAAUGACUGCAAGGCCGGGAAGAAACCGCACUUCAAGGACAUCCUCUGGGUUAAAGUGGGAAGAUUCAGGUGGUGGCCUGCGGAGGUGUGUCUUCCUAAGAACAUCCCAGAGAAGAUUCUCCGUAUGAAACAUGAGGUGGGGGAGUUCCCCGUUCAGUUCUUUGGUUCUAAGGACUACGCCUGGACCUACCAGGCCCGAGUCUUCCCUUACAUGGAGGGAGAUGCCAACAACAAGGACAAGAUGGGGAAGGGUUGUGACGCCAUCUACAAGAAAGCUCUGAAUGAAACAGCUGAGCGGUUUAUAGCGCUUCAGGCUGAGAAGGAGAUGAGACAGCUUCAGGAGGACAGGAGGAACGACAAGAAACCUCCUCCCUACAGACACAUCAAGGUGAACCGACCAAUUGGCAAGGUCCAGAUCAUCACGGCGGACCUAUCGGAGGUGCCUCGCUGUAACUGCAAGGCGUCUGAUGAGAACCCGUGUGGCAUGGACUCCGAGUGUAUCAACCGCAUGUUGAUGUAUGAGUGCCACCCUCAGGUGUGUUUGGCAGGGGAGAGGUGUCUGAACCAGAGUUACACCAAGAGACAGUACACCCAGGUGGAGAUCUUCAGAACCUUGUCACGAGGCUGGGGGCUACGGGGCGUCUCCGACAUCAAGAAGGGUGCAUUUGUGAAUGAGUACGUGGGGGAGGUGAUAGACGAGGAGGAGUGCAGAGCCAGGAUCAAACAUGCUCAAGAGAACGACAUCUGUAACUUCUACAUGCUCACUCUGGACAAGGACCGGAUCAUAGAUGCUGGACCCAAGGGGAACCAGGUUCCAUUUCACUGCUGCCAGCCCAACUGUGAGACCCAGAAGCCUGGAGACACCAUGGGGCUUUUGUAUCUUUAUUUGUGUGCAGGUGUGGAGUUGACCUUCAACUACAACCUGGAGUGUCUUGGUAACGGGAAGACGGUGUGUAAAUGUGGAGCGCCCAACUGCUCUGGGUUCCUGGGGGUCCGACCAAAGAACCAGCCAUCUAAAGCACGGGAAGGAAGGGAACUAAAGGAGGGCAAGAAGAAGGUUCUGGUGAAGAGGAAGCCUCAGCAGGAGGUGACGAAGGAGAGGGAGGACGGGUGUUUCAGCUGUGGGGACGGAGGACAGAUCGUGUCCUGUAAGAAGACAGGAUGUCCCAAGGUCUACCACGCAGACUGUCUCAACCUGGCCAAGAGACCUGCAGGCCGUUGGGAGUGCCCCUGGCACCAGUGUGAUGUCUGCGGUCAUGAGGCAGCCUCCUUCUGUGAGAUGUGUCCCAGCUCCUUCUGCACGCAGCACCGUGAGGGCUUGCUCUUCAUCUCUAAGAUAGACGGGCGGCUCGCCUGCAACGAUCACGACCCCUGUGGACCCGAGCCCCUGGAACCAGGGGAGAUCAGGGAGUACGUACCUCCUGGGGGCAUGCCUCUCCCCCACCUCACCCACCCCCAGGGUCAGGUCCCACCCAGGCCUGGUUCCACCACUGCUGGUUCUAUCCCCUCCACAGUUGCCCCAGACCUGACCCAGGACUUGCUACUGCCCCCUACAGGGAGCUUGUUCCUCAACACCUCCCAGAACUCCAAUACCUCCUCCUACGGACCCCCUAGCAGUCCCUACAUGUCUGAUAGUCAAAUACUGCACUUCUCCCUUCCUUCUCCCCCCUCCUCCUACAAGGACGUGAAAGAGGAGGAGGAGGAGGAUGGAGAGCUGGAAGACGGACAGGUGGGUGGAUUAGAAGAGGAUGCAGAGGAGGAUGAAGAAGAGGAGGAAGGAGAGGCGAUGGAGGUAGUUGAGGAGGAAGAUGAGCAGUAUGAGGGCAGACUAGGAGAGGAGGAAGGGGGAGAUGUGUAUGACACCUGGGGGGACUACAUGGAGGAGGAGCCAGACGAUGAAGGGGAGGUAGAGGGACAGGAGGAGGAGUGGGGGAGGGUGGAAGAUGAAGAGAAAUGAACUCUGUUUUACAUCCCUCCCCCUUGUCUUCCAUUCCUUCUUCCAUCUAUCCAUCUCUUAUGAAAAUACUGUUUCUCUAGCUCUCAUCUCUCUAGUGACAUUCUGAUGGACUGACACUGAGAGACAGAGAGAGAGAUUGUCCUGGUGGUGCCAAGUGAAAUACGAAGCUGCCUCUGUGUUCACACUGCAUUGCCUUCCUAUGCCCAGCAUAGCAUAGCACAGUGUGGGAUAUAAACUGGUGCUAAGGGGCUGGGAGGACUGCUCUGGUCAGCCUCUGGUCCAUCUGUUGAUAUGUUAUUAGUAUGUGCUCUGGUCAGCCUCUGGUCCAUCUGUUGAUAUGUUAUUAGUAUGUGCUCUGGUCAGCCUCUGGUCCAUCUGUUGAUGUGUUAUUAGUAUGUGCUCUGGUCAGCCUCUGGUCCAUCUGUUGAUAUGUUAUUAGUAUGUGCUCUGGUCAGCCUCUGGUCCAUCUGUUGAUAUGUUAUUAGUAUGUGCUCUGGUCAGCCUCUUGUCCAUCUGUUGAUAUGUUAUUAGUGACUGGUGCUGUUUUUCUUCUCUCAAAGUUUAUUUUAUUUAAUUUUUUUUUACAAUUGGAAAACAAAAAAGGAUGGGCAGCCUCACUCAGCCACACCCUGACUAUACCGGAUCUGUUGCGUGUGUGACCAUUGCAAAAUAAAUGUACAAAUUCAAUAAUUACAUCCACACUGCUUGCGCGCGUCAACUAACGUCCUCGAUGCCAAACUCUGAAGUAGAACAUGGUUCUUUUUGAGACAAUCUCACGUCUCCUUAUUGCUUUACAUAAAGAUGCAACCCCACAUGUUUGCUUGAAAUGAGAAACCUGCAGAUAUUAUUCAAAGAUAACUUACUAGGUUUCCCUUUUAAUUUGUGGAUUAUAUGCCAGAAUGGAGAUACAUACACAGACAUACACACACACACACACACACACACACACACACACACAGACACACACACACACACACACACACACACACACACACAC